GGAAUGCAAAGGUCAAAUUGCCUUUGUCGUGAUAAUUACCGCAUUUGGAAUACACAGACAUGGUCUUGUUGUCAAUUCCUUUCAUGUUGCCACUGCAUGCUAUUUCUUUUGUUGAGCUGGAACUUGGGCUGUUCUAUUCGAUCCCUGAUUUUAGUGCACGAUCGUGGUACGUUUGUGUUUUCCCCUUGCAUAGAUAUUAAGUACCUGAUAACACAAGAAAUAUAAGCCGGCAUUAAAGAAACCAUUUAAAAGUUUGGUACUUCCGGUCUGUGUCCGAGAUGGCCGACUAUGGCGUAACGACCGAAGCUGAAAAGCUUGCAGGCAUGUUAGAUAUACAUGCGGAAAUGACUCGCAAGUGGAAAGCAUCAAAAUUUCAUGCCGUUCAAAAAGAAUGGCUGGAAAAAACAAUUUUUCCUCUGAAACUAGCAGUGGAUUCAGCGUUGCUCAUGGGUGUUGGAGGGAUUGGGGGUAACCCAAAUGGAAGUUACAUGUAUGGUCAUGCCUACGGUGAGGGAGAAGGGCUCGGCGUAGACAUUUGCAACCUUUCUCAAGUGGUUGCAUUUGAAUGUUGGAUUGAUAUCUUGAGGCAAAGAUUCGAUAUUCCAUCAAGUAGAGUGUACUUUCAGGAACCGAGUUUCAGCGAUCUCGAAAAAUCAUUCAUCACUUCACUUGGCCAUACAGUAUUGGAACAUCCUCAAGGAUUCAAAAUACUCACACGACGAACAUUUCUCUGUUCUUCCCUCCUAUAUAAAGAUGUUGUGGCAGGUUGCUUCAGCGCUGCCAUGCCGGACUUAGCUGUUAUGUCACCGCUUUGGGUGGAUAGUUGGCAAACGUCUCCAGCUUUCAAGGGAGGAAGAGAUUAUAACAGAAUGAGGCGGACUAUCCGUCAGUACGCUAGGACACACCUCAGCCAAAAGCAAGGCCCAUUGUUUGAACACAAUACCGAAGAAAAUCUCAAGGAUCUGAGUAUAGACAGACUGAUGCAUAACUGGCUCCAAAAUUCGGAGUGGUAUUGGACGCCGGAUGAUUUGAGUGUAAUAGGAGAUAUAGGUGAACCGAUAGAUCAAGAAGUAUGGCGUUUCUUGCCCGGAAUUUACGGAAUAGUAGAUACGCUUGGAGGAGGGGCUGAGUAUAUGGAGAUUAGAUUGGAGUUUUGUAGAAGGCAUCGCCUGGAAAACCCAUUAGAGGAAAUACCCAGUGGAUCUGAGUAUGAAUAUGAGGGGAAAGAAGACGAACCGGAGCCAGAGCCACAACCGAUACCAGGCCCGAAAACAGAUAAAUCAUUCCCAUCUUCAAAAAGAAUUCCUAGGUCACCUUCUUAUCGCGAUAGCUAUCACGGUAAUAAAAGACGAUUGAUAGGAGUAAGAAAACUGCGGGCAUAUCGCGAUGAUGGCAGGGUAAACUUUUCGUGAUGACUUCUAUUGGAGUAGAGAAAUUUGAAGUUUCUAGGAGGUUUGGUGUUCUCGCGGGUUUCUAUAGGGCUUUAUAGUUAGUUUACUAGUUUUGGGAUACUUGUAAGAGGCAUUUGUUGACCUCAAUAUUGGGUGUUUGGGGUAAUAAUUUGGAGUCGUGUUUUGGAUAUAUCGUCGUUUGAUGUACACUUAUAUGUAGUCACUUUGGUGUUAAGGAAUUUGGGAGAAUUUCUAACAGCUAGUAGUUGAUUUUAUCUUUCAAUCUUAAUCUAACA